GAGGGUUGCGUACGCACGAGAACCCGGCGGCUUUGUGUCGCGGUCAAUCCGGCUGCUCUGAUUUCCAAACGAGUCAACAAGUUUGCCGUCUUCUUUCAUUCCGUCUCGCAAUCGAGCAGGCUGCCGAUCGGUCACGCUCGGACUCAAUAAGUCCGCUUGUUGUCAAAAGCCUCGGAGGCGCCGCGUGACUCGGCGCUCGCUCUCUCCGUGCCAUCAUUCCGUCAGCUGACAGCUUCUCACGUCAUGUUCCGAAAGGAUGCUAAUGCUUGAAAGUGGAGCACGACGCGUUGAGCCUGCAGCCACGCGCGUCUGAAAAAAUGUCACGUUGAAGCACUCGCGAGUCUUCUGAUAUGACGUGGUAACACAAAGAGUCACUUAUGAUGGGAAAAGAACAUGAAGAAGCGAUUAUCAAGGAUUUUAGGUGUCCAGAAUUUGUGGGGAAUUCAUGGGGGCAGCGACUGAGCCCUCCCGCUAACAGAGGAACUGUGAGUGAAGAUUUUUAUAAGCUUUAUAAGCAGCAGGCCUUUCCUACCUUCAAGCUACUCCGAGCACUUGAACACUCUCGUCAUUCACCGACCGAUGGCGUAGCAUCAGCAGCAAACGGAGGUUUAGUAUCUUGCUCAAGGACACUUGGACAGGGUCACAAGGACUGAGGGUCAAACCCACAACUUUCGGGUCGGGAAUCCACCACUCUACCACCUGAGCUGUGCCGCCCCGAUUCCCCGUAUUUACGGUUCGAACCGCAAAUACAGCAAACGAUGAUCCCUAAACAGUUGAAAAUCAUUUGAAACCUGCAACCGGAGAGUCGCCGGUUCGUAUCCACGCCCGAGUGCAUAUCAUCCUCGUUUCCCGAGGCGAGACACUUGACCCGCGUUGCCUACGAAUGAAUGCGGUUGGAUAUUUGGGGGUGGUCGGAGGGGCCGCGGGCGCAGAAUGGCAGCCGCGCUCCUGUGCAGGGCAGCUGUAGCUCACAAGUGGCUUCCAACACCAGGUGUGAGUGAGGAGGCAAUGAAUAAUGCCUGCGAUUGUAAAGCGUCUUUGAGUAUCAUGAAAAGUACUAUAUAAGUGGAAUGUAUUAUUAUUAUUAUUAUUACGACUAUUAUUAAUUCAAAUUUAUGAUACAACAUUAACAAAAACGGCUUACAGAUGAUUUGAUUUCGAAACAAUUUGCGCGUGUUCUUCCGCUAAGCAACAGAUGAAGCUCGUCUCUUCGUGGAUUUGCCCCUGAUGCCAUUGCUGCAACUAAAUAGGCCCACCAUUAACACGAAGUUACAAUAACGCAAUCCCAGUCGACAAGCAGGCGGUUAUUCCCAGUUCCGAGCCCAGACCCAGAAAGCAACAGCUGAUUAGGAAGCCGGGUCACACGGACACGCCCACUCAACUUGCAUCACCAAUGCGGUCGCCCCUUAUUAUGUCAGCAAAGGCUAACGGCGCUUGCAAGCGCACCAGCGCCAGCGUGUGCGUCUUUAAGCCAUCACCCGUCAUCAUAAAGGCUCUGAGGCUAGCUGCGCAGUUCUUGCCAGAUGAUGAGCAGGCUUAACGAGCGCACCCCGAGGGGCCUUGUCGAUCCGAGCGGGCGUCGUCAAGCAGAGGAAACGGUGCUAAUCCAGCCAGCAUGGAGCAGCUUCUGGGGGACGGGAGUCUCGCGGAGUCGACCCCUCUCCGAGACCGGAUGGCCCUCUACCAGGCGGCCGUCUCCAAACAGGAUGCCACCCCGACUGAUCUGCAAGAACCGUUUGGUGGCAAACAGAAGGAGAAUGUUCCACCCUUCUCCCUGGACAUGAGUCCAGAGCCUGAGCCAGCAAACAGCAGAAAGAGUUUUAGUGCCGAGAGCAACGGUGCCGGCGCUGGCAACGCCGUAUCCUGUUCUCCGGCCAAAACUCCGAGGAAUUUCCGGCCGCCUGUGCGGGAGGCGUGCGUGUCCUGUCAGAAGACGGUGUACCCUCUGGAGAGGCUGGUGGCCAACCAGCAAAUUUUCCACAGCGCUUGCUUCCGCUGCUGCCACUGCAACACCAAACUCAGUUUGGUCAACUACGCCUCCCUGCACAACAACGUGUACUGCAAGCCGCACUUCUGCCAGCUCUUCAAGGCCAAGGGCAACUACGAUGAGGGCUUUGGCCACCGGCCCCACAAGGAGCUGUGGGAGAGCAAAGGCGAGCUGCGGGAGAUAACGACCACGGCGGCGACUUCGCCACAGGCCGGCGCUCACACCGAGAGCUCCUCUUCCCUCGGCUCAGAGCUGGCGAGCCCCAGCGUGGAGGACUCCCCGCUCGCCAAGGUCAACGUCCUGACCGCCACCAUGGAGGCCCUGGGACAAGGAUCCCUGGAGAAGAGCGACAGGCCGGCGGAGGCGCGCAGGCUGAAAAUCUCCUGGCCGCCGCAACCGGAAGGCGUCGGCCGCCGCAGCGGAGCCGCCGCACCCGCCGAGGGGGCCGGCAAGCCCAUCCGAGCAAAGUGGCCCCCGGAGGACGGCUCCUCCUCCUCCUCCUCGCCGCCUGAAGAAGCCAGAGGAGCUUCCUGCCUGUGGAGGAGCUCCUCCUUGAAGGAGCCCCGCACACCCCUCACGCCGACCGGCCAGGCCGCCGCCGCCGAGCCCGACGAGGGGUCCCCUAGCGGGGGGACGUCGCCAGGCGACAGCGUGCCCGCACAGGACGGCCGUGUGGAUGUCAACGGCAGCUUUGGGGAGGAGGGCGAAGACGUGUCUGAGCAGGAAGGUGAGGACGUGCUGGACAAGGGUGACCAAGAUGCGGAGAAGGGAGAAGACGUGCCCAUGCGUCAGCUCACCCAUGAGGUCCGCGCAGGGGGUCGGGGUCACCGGAAGGAGCAGACGGACGACCGUGAAGAUGCGAAAGUCGACAAGUCGUCUCCGGAGGAAGAGGCGGAGGCCGGCCGCUUGCCGCAGGACGCGGGCUUCCGGGAGGGCGAGGAGGCCGAGGACAAGGCACAGCUGGAGAUGCUGACCGUGGAGGAAAUGAUCAAGCGAAAUCGCUACUAUGACGAAGAGGAGGAGGAAGAUGACGAUUGCUAAAGUCACCUUCCUCGUCCCCCUGCCUCGUUGCUGCAGUGUCUGGUCUUGGACACAAGCAAGCUCUUGAACUGUGCCUCAUCCUUCUGCAUUCAAAGCCAUUCUGACUGCUUUUUUUCCUCUGACCUUUUUAACUGUAACGUAGUUCAACUUUGUCCCAGUUCCAGAAUAUUUGUAUACAUAAAUGCCCGAAGAUUAUACCGCAGAGGUAUUUUACACUACCUUUUCUCAUUUGAAUGUGUUUUGCAAUUGCAGCUCGCUGCUUCUUUAUUCAAGAUUGCAAUGACAACUAAAUCAGCAAAUAAACUAAACCUUUCAA